AUGUUUUGUGAGUUUUUACUCAUACUGUAAGUUCUUAGCUCUUAUCUGUUAUUGCCGUUUCUGUCUAUCCACCCUAAAUUCUAGUUCUUAAUCAGCUGUCAAUUCCCCAGCUGAAUCACCUAGUCGAUGAGAUCGACUCCUGCAUCCGCUACUACUCAGCAUGUCUGGUUCACGAACUUGCAACCCGCGAAGAAUUGGAUUAUGAACAAGAGCUGAAAGACAUCUUCUUCACUCUUCUGCUUGAAGUUCACUCGCGGAUUGAGGGUUCCGACACGCGCUCCCGGUCUGUCAGUCCUGAGCUAAAGGCUGAUACCAAGGAAGCGGGUGGCGACUCUAAGAAGACCUCCUUCCUAAGUAGGGCCCGUCCUCACUUAUUUUAUUGUCCCAUCCACCUUCUCCCCCAGUUAGCCUUUCUAUUUGUGCACAAAUAGGCGGAAACUCGGCCUCCGCAAAGGCCACACUGGCCAAUGCCGCCCUCGCGGUCCGACUACGCUGGCGACGCAUGGGCCGCAGUAUCGAAACUGCUCGCUCAAGCAGCCUGUCGGCUGCCGGUGGGCGUCUGAUGCGACGCACUUCCAGCGCUCUUAGCUACCUCCGUCGCCUCACACAGCCCAUUCGAAGUCAGGACGUAGCGGGUGCUGCACAGAGAAUCACCACCUCCAAUUCCACCAUUGAUUUGCCCUGCCUUUUUGAAUAUCAAGACUCGGAGUGGGCCGACAUGCAGUCCACUGCUCACCGGGAUGGAGAAUCGCUGUCUGCAUCGGCCACACCCACGUCCACCCUUUCACCCAGGCGUCUACCCUGGUACGAAUCCUCCGGCAGCUCGAUAGCCAGUUCUAUGAAGAAGAAGAAGCGGGCUAAGCGUGGGCCUAGCCGUGAGGAAGAUUUGAAGGUGAGCUGCAUGGUUUUGGUCAUGUGUUGCGGAUAAUUGCGAGUGGGCUGCAGGGAGUAACGGCCCUCUAAUUCUUAACACUCUCUCUAGUUCUUGAGCACCAGGAUUCCCUUCCACCUGUCGGCAACUGGAGAUGGACCCACCGUUGGCCACUUGGAGCUCUUCAAUGACUUUCUUCGCUGCAUGUUGACUAAUAAUCCGAACUUGACACCACUUCUGACCGACUACAUUCUCAAUGGUAAGCCUUCAAGCAAACAUGGAAUCAUAAACUGACCAACAGGAGGAAAUAUCCGAGCCUCAUCUGAUCAGUGUUGACUCUCUUGUAUCCCAGGUUCAUCAUUUAGCCUAGGCUAAUGUCAGUGCAGCAUUCAAAAGGUGCUCAUCAGAAACUCGUGCAAAAAACCUUGUUGUACGUGGUAGAGGCGGCGGCUAACCUCUGUUUGUUCAUCAACAAGAGUCAAACACACCAUCUUUCUCAGCUAGCCAUAUCUUAACCCUCGAGCUAAACAGUCUGGGACUUGAGCUCGAGCUCAGACGUUCACAGCUGGGAUUCCAUGGCUCAAAUGGUUGAGAACUUGACUGGGAGUGUCCGAUGAUCGACUGCGAUCGAUAAGCCAGAAGUAGCCAUUGCACUUUCGCUGGUCUUUGUAGGUAUUUCUACUGUCCUCUAGAUUAUCUGUCACUACGCAACCGUCUGCGAAGACCCCAAGGCGAGAAAUAAAUAACACUAAUUACUCCGUAACGGUCACAAUCCACCAAUUUGUUUGGAGCUAAAACUUCUACAGUGCAUCACUACUGGGCGUUCGUAUCGUAAGUUGACUGAAAAGACUCAAACCAACAGCGAAAUUGGUGAAGGAUAAAUUGAAUUUAUAGGUAUUUUUGCAGAUUUUGAAUAAUUCUGACCCAACUGCGAAAGCUGAGAAGCUGAGAAGACUACUACGUGUAGCACGUAAUGCCAUGUGUGUAAAUCGCAGUAUACACUCUCUGACUACCUCUUCUAAUCCAUUUUAGUGUACGCGCCAGGAGAUAAAUCAACGCCAAAAUUAAUCAUUUGA